AUGUACAAGAAGGCCCUUCAUUCCUUUUUUUUGAAGGUGCAUCCUGACUUUUUCCACCACAACCGUAGCCAACAGACGGUUAAUGAAAGUUCUGUUGCCCGCCUCAAUGAGUUGCUCAGUUGGGCCAAGGCAUUCAAGAGUGGCCAUCUUCAACCGCCACCCUCUUCGUCAUUUACACUUACAUUCUACAGGAAACCUGACGACAACAUGGGUAAUGGUGAGACAAGAAGGGAGGGGUCCGGUUCCCCAGUUUCUUCGCUUGUGGGCCGCAGCAUGGGAGAUGGGUCAUUAUCGCCAACAAUCAUCCAAUCUACCUUUGAACUCCCUUCGAAUUUCGCACCAAGUGACAAUCACCGUGGAACGGUGGAACGUGCGGUGAAUAAAUUCCUGCGCGAUUUGCUUCGCCGGGCCGCUUGCAUUGAUUCCGUGACAGAGUCGAUAUCCGAGGCAGAGGACGCCACGGCGGCGCGUGCGGAAGCAAAACCACUGAGGCGGCGGCCGAGAGGAAGUCAACACCGAGGCGCCCCAACUGGGCCUAAAUCGUUGCUUGACGAGGCGGUGGAAAGUAUGACUGUACAGUGGAGCCUUACACCCGCUCCAACACUGCAGGAACUCAUUGAAGCCGACCAAAUUCUGUUUUCUCGGGAUCUUUCACCACUGCAGUCCGCCGCCGCUCUGAGCACACUGCAGCGCCACCUCGGGGAACUGAACUACUCGGCAUGGGAGUCAAUGCCAGUCAUUGUAUCGAACCAAUUUAGCAUCGGUGACCUCACUGGCACAAUAACGAUUCCAUGGGAUUUUACCCCUGAGCAGUUUCACAGCUUCAUGGCACAUAACGAAAAAGGGGUUGCCCACUGCCGUGAGGUUGCCACUCAAUACGCAUCAACUAUCGAACAACUUAUUGCCGAGCUUUGCACAGCGCUGGAAUUAGAUGACAUUCUAGUUUCGUGCAGUCACCAAGAUGCUUUGCGGUUGAUGGAGCUGCUUCACCGCAACAGGGAGCUGUUGAUUCAGUACGGGCUGUCCAAGUUAACGCUGGAGGUGGGGAACCGUCAUGCAACACGAGCCAACGGUGUGGUUAUCAUUAACUGCAGCCUCACCUCGGAGCAGCUGCGCCCAUGGUUAAAGGCAAUCUCGCCUAAACUUCCACUGCAGCAGCGUCUGUAUGAGCUGUCCAAGCAAAUGUUGGAAUCUACACUGUGGCAUCUGAAAGAAUUUCGCACUAUGGUUGAGCCAGGAGGUGUCGACGCCUUCAGCAACGAUUGCACGUACGCCGAGCGGUUACAAUGGUCAAAGGAACUGUUCCGUAUAGGCCCCUCGCUCGCUCCAUGGGAUUGGUCGGAAAUGACCUUCGUUCUUUCCCCUGAUGUCGAUAUUGAUUGGGCGAACGGACUUUUGGCGCUUCCGUACAAUUUUGAUGGUGAUGCGCUUGUGAGGUAUGUGGAGGAGGUUCAACAGGAGGCGAAGAGUCGCAAACGAGAAGAACUUCUGGCGGCAAGCGCAAUGCAGCGGGAGGAAGAGGAAAGGCGAAGGAAACAACAACAUGAUGAGGAGUUGAUGGUGGAAUGUCAGGAAAAAGGAGAGCGGAGUGGUGACGACUCGCCAACGGUAGCUGAGCGCAUGCGUCAUUUGUAUCGACAAACAAACCCUCAUAUGGAUGAAUAUCUUGCGUCCAGUAAUAGUAGAGUCGACACGCUUCCUGUUGAGCGGCCUCUGUCGCAUGCAGUAACCUUCAACUCUGACGCUGAAGCAGAGGAUCAACUGAAGUGGGAAGGGUUCUACGCUGAGCCGUAUGUGGACCAAGUCCCAACUAGUGACAUUGAUGACAUGGCGCACACUUUCAUGUUAACCAAUCGCUGGCACCGUGAAGAGGCUGCAAAGAAAAUGUUGGACCAACUGCGUGGUACGUAUGGGAAGAAGAGUCGAAGGUUUGAGUAUCAAAAGAUGGGCGAUGUGCUGGAGAUCAACAAUGCUAAAGUGCAGCCGAAGGGGUUUCCCACACUGACCAGGGGGAUAAAACCUGGAUUUUAA